UUCCGCUUCCGGAAGAGGAGGAGAAAGCCCAAGCUUGCUGCUUCCAUGGCGAGUUACACCAAGGCCGCGCAGCAAUGGGCCACAUUUGCUCGGUACUGGUACCUUUUAGACGCCAAGAUGCAACCACCAGGAAAGAUUGCAGCCAUCGCUUCCACCAAGCUUCAAGGGAAACAUAAGCCUGUGUACCAUGCACUGAGUGACCUUGGAGACCAUGUUGUCAUAAUAAACACAAGACAUAUUGCUUUUUCUGGCAACAAAUGGGAACAGAAGGUGUAUUCGUCACAUACAGGAUACCCUGGUGGUUUCCUACAGCUGACAGCAACUCAGUUGCAUUUAAAGGAUCCAACAGCAAUUGUAAAACUGGCUAUUUAUGGAAUGCUUCCCAAAAACUUACUAAGAAGAACCAUGAUGCAACGGCUACACCUCUUUGCUGAUGAUGAAAUCCCGGAAGAAAUACGUAAGAAUCUCGUAGAGGAGCUUAGUCAACCUCGCAAGGUGCCCAAGAGGCUAGAUGAAUAUACCCAGGAGGAAAAAGAUGCUUUCCCAAGGCUUUGGACUCCGCCUAAAGACUUUCGACAAAGGUAGUGGGAUAGCAAAACAAACUGGAAUGUGGAGCUUGCAUACCUUCUAUCUUCAGGUUCCCAGCACUUUACAGUUUGAUUACUUGCAUAAAUGUUUAUAUUACGUGCUUUAAAUUGUAAAAUAUUUUUCAGGUGUGGUCAAUAUUGUUUGGUUAGAAAAAUAAAUUUGAGACUGAAGAA